AUGUCUUCUGGUGCAGACUCCAAUGAGGUCUAUCAACAAGAAAUAUGGGUUUCCUCAAGAGAGCAUAUUGCUUAUGUGAUUGAUAACCUGGAAGACGAUAAUGUUAUGGCGUCUUAUGAGUCUCUUUACAGUGUUAACUUGCUUAGAUCUCAUCGACUUGUUAGUUACGCUAUAUUGAAGAGCUUGGAAAAGAGCUCAAGGAAAGCACAUCUGUAUGCCAAUCUGGUCUCGCUCAUUGAUUGCGAUAUACCAGAGUGUGGGGAACUACUCGCAGAGCAAUGCGCGGCGCAAUUUGUGGAAUGGCACAGGAAGGGCUUGAAUUAUGCGGCGCAGUCAUCUCUGAUUUCAAUGCUAGGUGAAUUAUUCAAGCUUGGAAGUUUGCAUGAACUUGUAAUUUUGGAGCUUUUGCAGCUACUUACUACCAGCGAUCUGGUAUCAAACGUUGGUCUAACAGUGGACUUAAUGGAGCGGGCAGGUAGAACACUAUCGGAAGUGUCACCAGCCGCACAUGAUAUGAUUUUUGAAGAACUACGAUCCCAACUGCAGAUGAGAAGUUUCGAUGCAAAAGCAGAGCGACGAGUGAGCUUGCUGUUUGAUGCUAGAAAGAAAGAAUAUCCUGUUUCGGCCUCACAAGAAAUUUCUUUACCCCCUCAUGAUUCGGUCGUUCACGUCUUUGAUUUAGGUGAAUUGAAGGUAGUAUCACUCGAAGGUCUGCAGCGAUUCCAGUAUGAUGCUCAUUUUUUUGAGUUGGAGGAUCAAUUCGAGUCCAUCAAGAAUGCCGCGUUGGAGCGCUUUCCGGUGGCUAAAAAUGAAACUGACGCCUUUGUCGUGCACGACCGCACCCAAUCAGAGGAUAUUCAGUUCAAGAAAAGUAUCUAUCUAUUACUUAAGGGCUCCCUUUCGGGUGAAGAAGCGGCUCAUAAGUUAUUGAAGUUACGAGUUCGCGAUGAGGAAAAAAGUAGGCUAGUUUACGUUCUCGCAAUGACAUGCUCUCAAGAAACGACUUACUCAAAGUAUUAUGGCCUAGUGGCAGAAAGACUCUUAUCGAGCCAUCGUGCUUGGAAAAAGGCCUUCGCUACUGUGUUUGAGGAGAACUACACUGAAGUAGACAACUUCAAGGCGUCCCAAAUCAGGAGCUUAGGUAAGUUCUGGGGUCACAUCUUGGCAUCUGACUAUGUCGGGUUUGAAGUUUUUGAAUGUAUCCAUAUGAGUGAAGCUGAAACUACGCCCCCUAAGAGAGUCUACGUCAAAUUUAUUUUCCAAGAACUAGUCGCGGAACUUGGGAUUCCAAAUUUGAAAGCUAGACUAGAUGAAAGUUAUAUCCAGCCUUUCUUGAAUAAAAUUUUCCCGACACAAUCGGCAGCUGAUUUGAGGUUUGCCAUCAAUUUCUUCACGGCUAUUGGUCUUGGAAUUCUUACUGAAAACCUCAGAGAGACUCUUUUUUCUUUAGAAGCGCAAUUUUCAGCGGGAGAAUUUGAAGAGAAAUCACAUUGCCCCCCUCAUGACCUAGCCAUCGAAGCCCCAGCGAAAAGUUAUGUCAAGAAACAAGAGUUGUCGGAGGAAAAUCAAGCUGCGCAGGAUUUCGUUUCGGGCAGGGACCCUUCUUCCUCCAGAGCGCGCAAGGCUGGUCCUUCCACAAGGCCAAGAUCUCGAACUCCUCUCAGGCAAAGGUCUCGUAGCCCUGCAAGACGAAGGUCGCGAACACCUCCUAGAAGAAGAUCCCGAACUCCUACCAGGCGCAGGUCACGUACUCCAACCAGAUGA